CGGGCACACGAAAGAGAACCUGAUAAUUUUGGUGGUGAUGUGUAAACUUAACCAAACACAGAACGAGGCCACGUCAGACUAUAAUUAUCUUCCUUCUGGAGCUUUCUUGUCGGGCCCAUUUGGUGUGGUUUGGACAUUGGGCCCAUCAGAGGACUUUCUGGAAUCGUCCAGACCCAGAUAGAAUGAGAGAGAGAUACGGGCCUCCCGAAAUUUCACAAACCCCUCUCCUCUCUUCUCCCGCCACCUGUCCCUUCCUCCCUCCCUUUCAUCUCCUCCCAAAUUUCCCCCUUUAUAAUCCCAGCUCAAUUCCCUCCACCGCUCCUCCAUUGUUCACGAUCAAUCUGACAGGGAAAUUAGACUGUAAACAAGAGGAAGCUUCAGCUCGUCACUUGAAUUCAUUCUCUGCAACGAAUUAGGGUUUUCGCAAUGGCUAGACAAGGUGGAUACAAGAGGAAAGAGCUCGAUCUCGAUUUCGCCCGCGAGGAUUUCUCCGAUUUCUCCCUCUCCUCUCCGGCUCUCAAGAUUCGCCGCCUGGAGGUUGAGUCGAUGCCUUCGAUUAUGGAGGAAGAGGACCACGUGGAAGUAGUUCCGGUGGUGUCCAUGGAGGAGCCGAUUCCGCCGCUGCCGUCGGGCGAGACGGAGAACCUGGAGAGAGCUCUCGUGGUUUACAAUCCGGCGAGCGUACAUCCUCCGCAUUACUCGCCUUCGACUCUCUCCUUCGCGCUGGAUUCCGGAAUUCUCUCCGGUUUAACGAGGGAUCAAUUUCUUAGGUCAGAGGUGAUACCGGACGAGGAAGAUGAAGCCGAAGCCGAGAAUGGUGACAAAACUGCAGCGAACGGGGAUGGAUGUAUGGCUGUAGUACCAUGGAUUUCUUCCUCUCAGCAUUCAUUUGGCAAUCGAAUGCGAGAUUUCCAGGCGGAAGUUCCGGAGUCAAUGGAGGCGGAUGAAACUGGUGUAGCGUCGAUGGAGGUGGAGGAAAGCGACGGCAUUUGGAACAUUGAGCAAGGGCGGCAUGUAGGCAAUUUCGGUGGAGACGAUGGAUUGCGACAAUGGCAGCAGCACCAGCAGCAUUGCUUCAUCCCGGAGCUUCCUCCCAACAAUCUGACGCCUGUCACCUGGUUGCGAUAAGCGGUCUCUGAGUACCGUUUAAGCCUGGCCUGCCCUCUUUGUUUUUGACUUGUUUGUUUUUUUUAGAUGCUGAAACUAUGGAGGGUUGGGAUAUAUGCGUAAUGUGUUGAAGGUAGCCACCGGCGGCGACAUGGCUUCUGUUAGCUGCUGUGCAUAGGACCAAGCUGCUUUAGUACGGAAGGGCAUGGAAUUGCCGGCGACGAAUCUUUUUCUUGUCGCAUUGUUGAUACGGAGGCUGUUAGUUAGUUAGCUAGUAGUUGUUCUCCAGAGCUAUCAUCUCUACGGGAAGGUUGAUUCAGCUUGUGCCUUGUAGGUACUGGGUAGUUGUUCCUCUAGGUUUGCACCCAUUUGUAUUGAAGCUGGGUAUGGCAACCGAAUAGAAUGCACAACACACAUAAAUUUUACGUGGAAAAAUCAAAUCGGGGAAAAAAUUACGGGACCUUUGUCCAAGCCACAACUUCACUAAAUUUUGGUUGAUUACAAGUUCUCUCUAAACUAGUUAGAGGAUUACUAACACCUCAAGAAUACUCUUCUUGGAUCAACAAUCAACCAAAAUAGCUCUCACCAACAUGGUGGAUAACAAGAACAAGAGCAAGACCAAGAGAGAUUUAGAAAUACCCAAAAACGUAUUCGUACAUCUUCUAUCCAGCAGUGAUUCCCGAUGAACUAGACCUCAAAACGAAGAUCCCUCCAGUCAGAUUAAAGCACAGACAAUUGCGAACUCAGUGUCAAAAUUUCAGGACGAUCUAACGGUUCAAUCUUCCAGAACGCUCACUUGAACAUGCUGCCCUGCUGCAAAAAUGAAAAACUGCAGCUCUUUGUUUCUCUCCUCUCUUUUCCUUAUCUCUUCUCUUUUCUGAUUCUCUAUCUAGAAAAUGGAAGGUUGUCUCCUUUUUUCUCUUUUUCCAGACAAUAACUCUCUAUUUUUAAUAAUAGAGGAUCUUCUUGAAACCAACCAAAACUCAAACGGGUUAGUCAACCACUGUAGGAGUUGGACCAAACCCAACAGAUUCGUGCUCGUACCCAUAUCGACCUCAAAUUAAAUUUUUUUUGUCAAACACGUUUCUGGAUGGACCCUACUCGGCAACACUCACUGAUCUCCUUGGAUCACCUUCAGUUACCAAUCGAGUCACUACCGGUUAUAGGUCACUUCUAGCCACUCUAGGUUACCUACAACUACUCUAGGUCACUUUCAGCCACUCUCAAGGUCAUCUUCAGUCAUCUAGGGUCACUUCCGUUCAUCUUGGCUACUUUUGGUCACCUUUUGGGGUCACCUUCGACCACCUAGGCCACUUUUGAUCACCUCUCAGGUCACAUUUGGUCACUCUAGGCCACUUUUCACUUUUCAGGUCAUCUCUGAUCCCUAUAGGUUACCUACGGUCACUUAGGCCACUUCCGGUAACCUUUCGUGUCACCUUUGAUCAUCCCCGAGUCACCUAGGCCACUUGCAGUCACCCCUAGGGUCACCUCCGAUCACCCCCUGUAUCACCUCCGAUCACCCUCAAGUCACCUUCAGUCAUCUCCUAGAUCACUUUCAUGCACGUCGGGUCACCUACGGGUCACCUCCGCUCACCCCAUGUGUCACUUCCUGGCUCCUGCCACCUUCAGGUCAUCACUGACAACCCCUGGGAUCCAUAACCUCAGGGCACCCUGGCAACCCCUAAGGUCUAUAAACCCAAGUCACUCUGGCCAUUCCCAGGGUCCAUAACUUCGGCCAACGCUAGGGUCAUUCUGGCCACCUCAGGUCGCCCAACACCCUUCGCCACGUAUUCCCAUGAUAUGGCUUCUCCUUACCCCCGAGCUCCAGAGGGACACACUUCAUGAUCUCCCAAAUGCCUCUACAAAGGCCACAUUGUCUCCUGGUUAAGGUAAGCAAAAUCCUUAUGUUUAGACUCGUGUACUCCUGCUAUGAUUAGCGAAGAUAUUCACUUUCAAUUCCCUUCCCUCGUGUUUGUUUUCGAGGUCAUAUUCCUCUUUCCUAGAAGCACACCCUAACUUGAGCGUCGGAGAGUGUCCUGCGGAGAUCGAGCGACAUACUCUUUUUGUAGGAGAUGACCGAAGUUGACAUCACGAGAGUAGUUAGGGGUGAAAGAUGGUCGUCAUCUGACCUCAGUGUCCAGUAUAAAAAAACCCGACAUCGCUACAACCCCGACAUCUACAAUUGACGCCCACUAUGGGCCCCGAAGUAAAAAGUUGAAGAAAACCUAACUUUACCACUUCACUCGUGAUGAAGUCUCAAACCCCCCCCCCCCCCCCCCCAAAAUUCCCAAACUGACAGCAAAGUUUGAGACAAUGAGGCAACGACUCUUUCACCCAGUGGGUUGUAUGCUAAUUCUAGUAACCAACUAGAAUCCCAAAGGGUUUGCUCGCCCAAUGAGACGUCAACCCCUCAUCCACCUCCACGACCAGAAGGCCUCUCAACCUUGAGCCUCACCUUAUGCCCAUCUUACUUACCAAUUUUGAGCAUGGCAAGCCAUUCGCUUGUUCGAUCAAUAACCAACUCAACCCCCCAACUUCCACAUGGCUCGUCAUUUGUGUAUUCUAGAUUAUAUUGCCCUUAGUGGGAGCAUCCAACUCCACCAUGUGCAGUUCCCCCCCCACCCCCCCCCCCCCCCCCCCCCCACCCUACGGGGGUGGCAUUAUUGGGAUGACAUGUCUUAGGCUUCACUAGCGGUCAACCUAGGGAAUCUCAUCAAAGUUCCUUCUAAUACUCAAUUUGGUCACCAUGUGUAGAACCCGCCAGACAACCCAAUAAUGUCCUAACCGACCAAGUCUUCAAGCGGAAAUAUAUCCGAAGUGAUGACACCAAUACACAUCUAGAAAGAAGAAAAACUCUCGAAUGAGAUAUAAACCAUAUGAGUCAUGGCAUAGAUCCAUGUGCGCAACUGAGCAUGCACUUGAAACAAAACUGAGAGCAUAUAAACCUCAAGAGCAAUGAGGAAUCACCUCCACCAAUGAGCGAGACAACCAAGAUCACGCAGAAGUCCUCGAGAUCGAGUCAGACAUUCCUAACUACACAUCUAAUUACGCUCCACUCAUCUUAGGGAGAAACAAUUUUCAUCUACUACACCACUCACAUGUGAGGUCUCCGUCUAGCUCCCUCUAGGUCACUAAAAUGAGAUUUUUCGA